GAGUAAAAUGUAUCUAGACUGGCAGUGUAACUCUCUUACUGUCUGUCUGUCUGUAGUAUCCAAGGAGGACCACAGCCAAAGUGCAUCAUUUGUGUGCGUGCUGCUGAGUCACGGAGAUGAGGGGGUGAUCUAUGGAACUGACGGCGCAGAGAAGUUUGAAAACCUGACCAAACACUUUAAAGGAGAUCGCUGCAAGAGUCUGGUGGGGAAACCGAAACUCUUCUUCGUACAGGCGUGCCGUGGGUCACAACUGGACGACGGAGUCGAGACCGACAGCGUGAGUGAGCAAACAUCAGAGAGGAUUCCUGUGGAGGCAGAUUUCCUCUACGCUUACUCCACCGCUCCAGGUAACUAAUAGUGGUAGAAAAAAAGACUCUUUGACCUGU